AUGCUUGGUCCUGCCGGUGGACUCCAGCUCCUUGCGCUCCUGCUGCUGCUGAGUAGGAGCAGCUCAGCUGUUCACAACAACGGCACAGAGUCGGUCCAUGUGCAGCCGCUCCACGAUACUCAGGAAGAGCCGGCGGAGGAAGACACGAACCAGGCGAGGAACGGCGGGAGACUGCUGGCUGACGCUGUGCGUAAUGUCCCAGACCAGAGUCAGGUGGGCUGCAGGGAGCUGAGGUCCACAAAGUACAUCUCAGAUGGCCAGUGCACCAGCGUCAACCCUAUUAAGGAGCUAGUGUGUGCUGGGGAGUGUCUGCCGGCCCACCUGCUGCCCAACUGGAUUGGGGGUGUGGGUUACACUGGGAGGCACUGGAGCCGCCGCGAUGUACAGGAGUGGCGCUGCGUCAUCGACCGGACCAGGACCCAGCGGAUCCGGCUGCUGUGCCAGGACGGCAGCUCCAGGACCUACAAGAUAACUGUGGUGACCUCCUGCAAGUGCAAGCGCUACUCCAGACAGCAGAAUGACUCUGGACACAAGGACACGUCUGUCCAGAGCGGUAAUGAGAGGAAACAUCAGCGGAAGGCUAGGCUGCCUGAGGAGGAAGCCGACAGGCAGUCUGACAACUAA